AUGCAGGGUGGCGCGAGCACCUGGGAUGAGGAAGGGGGAAUAUGUGUUCGGCUUGCGAGAUACCAAAGGGUAUUGCAUGUUGUGUGGGCGGCUCUGGGCGUAUCGAUUCAACGCAUUGUGUCAUGGCCGGGUGGCGAAGGCCGGCUCACGUUCUUGGAGGACUUCGACCAAGAUCUACGGUGGGUGCUAUGGUCAGAGGGACUGCGCGAGCUGACCUUUCGAAAGGGGUUCAACGAGCCCAUAGAGGAUGUAGUCUUUCCAAAGGGCCUGGAGAGACUGUUCCUUGGUGCGGACUUCAACCAGGAUAUUCAAAAUGCAUCGUUCCCUCCUGUACUAACUUUCUUGUCCCUGGGGGCGUCUUUCAACCAUCCUCUCGAGGGAGCUGAGCUGCCAAAGUCCCUCCAAAGGCUUGUGUGGGGACAGCUCUUUGACCAGCCGAUUGAAAGGGUUAACUGGCCGCCGGCGUUGCAGAGCAUCGCCUUCGGUGACGCGUUCAAUAACCCCGUCGAGCAGGCUGAGUUUCCGGCGCGAGUGCAGUCCCUUCAGCUUGGAAAAGCAUUCGAUCAGCAAGUUGAACAAGUGGCGUGCCCUCAACGCCUAGAGAGCCUGUCAUUCGGACGUGACUUCAACCACUCGGUGGCGGGGAUGUCAUGGCCGGAGGGCGUGAACGAGGUCUCUUUUGGGUACAACUUUGACACACCGCUGUCGGGAGUGAGGUGGCCGCCUUACCUUGAGAGCGUCAUUUUCGGCUUCCGCUUCAACAAGUCCCUCGACAACGUCACGUGGCCCGGGCUCUGCCGCUCCAUUCAGCUCGGAGCGUCCUUCAACCUUCCUCUGCACGGCAUAAGGUAUCACGGUGCUCAAGCAGCUGCUAGGUCAGCAAAUGACAACGUAGCUACGCCGGUACCGCAACCAGAUGGUGUAGGCCAAGGGCACGUAACAUUAUGGGGGGGGGGGGGGUACUCAUAG